GUCUUGCUGAACGAAGCGCAUAAGUACAUAGUUGUAUAAUUUAGCUCGUCACGUUAUGGCUGUUAUCAAGAGUCUGUUAACGAUAGCCCUAUUCUUCGUAGCAGGCCAGAGCGUCCCUUUUCAAGAUGAUGAAGCAGUGAAUAAUAUAGUAGUAGAGGAAAAUAUGUAUCGGCUACCAAAACAAGUUGUACCGAUUCAUUACGACAUAAAAUUAAUACCGCAUAUCGUGGAAGAUAACUUCACCUCCGAGGGUGAAAUGAAUAUCGAUAUCGAGGUGCGCAAACCGACAAACACGAUCGCGUUACACACCGUAAAACUGACGAUAGACGAAUCGCUGACGAGACUGACUCGCAAAGGGGAUGACGAUAUAAAUGCUACACAGAAUUAUGUUCCAAAGGAACAUGAAUAUAACUAUGACACGCAAAUUUUGACUAUACGAUUCGAGGAGCGAUUGGAUCCUGGAACUUACAAGCUAUAUCUGAAAUUCGCGGGUGUGAUCGGAUAUACGCGUGGAUUCUACAGAAGUUUCUAUACUGAUAACGAAGGUCACAAAGUAUGGUUGGCAGCAACGCAUUUGCAACCGGUCUCCGCGCGACAGGCGUUUCCGUGCUGGGACGAGCCCGCCAUAAAAGCGACCUUCAAAUUUUCCAUAAAGCACUAUCCUAAUUAUACGGCGUUAUCUAACAUGCCAUCCGCACGGUCGGAAGUCGAUCCGAUCGACGGAAAAUUGUGGACAUACUUCGAAACGACGCCCAUCAUGUCCACCAAUCUGCUGGGAUUCGUGAUCGCCGAUUACGAUUAUGUCUCCAAUCUGGACGGUACCAUGAAAAUAUGGGGUCCGAGGCAUCUUCUUCGUUACGCCGCGUAUCCUCUCGAUAUCGCCGAGAAGGCAACGCGCGAGCUCGAAAGAUUCACCAACAGCACUGUUCACGUGCCGAAAAUGGAUCACGUCGCCGUUCCCCAAUAUUCGAGCCGUGCCACCGAAAACUGGGGCAUGAUCGCCUAUGCGCAAUAUGUACUUCUUGAAGACGAGAGUUUACUCUCGAAAUUUAGCAAUACUAUGACAAUCACUCACGAGUUGGCGCAUCAAUGGUUUGGAAAUCUAGUCAGCCCGGCUUGGUGGAAUUAUCUUUGGUUGAGUGAGGGCAUAUCGAAUUACAUGAAGUACUAUAUUACAGACAAGUUUAUCAAAGAAUGGCGACUGAUGGACUUUUUUGUGGUGGAAGAUGAACAAUCACAAUUGCUUAUGGAUUCUUUCCACUCUGAGCCGAUCAACAUAAACAUUACUAAUCACUUAGAUGUCUAUGACGCUUACUCUAGCAACACGUACGUAAAAUCUGCUGUUCUAUUGCGAAUGAUAUCGCAUGUCUUGGGAGAAGACGUAUUUCGAGAAGGUUUGAUAAAAUAUCUUCAAGCACAUGAAUAUAGCAGUGCCACGCCAGAUGAUUUAUGGAAAGCAUUACAAGAUGCUCUCGAUGAGUCAGACGUACCGCACAAUGACUUUAAAGUAAAAGAAGUGAUGGACACUUGGUUCAAUCAGACAGCGUAUCCUAUCGUGACAAUAGAUCGAGAUUAUGAUACAGGUGAAAUUAAGGCGACGCAAUAUAAGAGAGUUAAAAUCUCAAAAUUCAAUGAUACUGAAAGAAACGACGCGUGGUGGAUUCCGUUGAACUAUAUGACGCAAAGUAACCCGAAUUCUUCAUCAACGCUGGCCACUCAUUGGUUAAAACCUCAGGAUGAGAGUGUAAAGAUCGAAGGAGUGGAUGUUAAUGACUGGAUUAUUGUAAAUAAGCAGUUAACAGGUUAUUAUCGCGUAAAUUAUGAUGUAACCAAUUGGAAACGAAUCGCUGCUUUCCUUAAUUCCGACGAUUACGACAAAAUUCCAAUUUUGAAUCGUGCACAAAUCAUCGAUGACGCUCACUACUUGAUGGUGAUCGAACAGCUUGAUUCUAUUACUUUUGUCGACGUUAUAAAGUAUUUGUCACGCGAAAUUGAUCCUAUCCCAUGGUAUACAGCAUUCCGAAUCAUUAAAUCCGAAAUAUUUGAUUAUCUGUCGAUGCUUCAAGGAGUCGCGAUCGUUAAACCAUAUUUCUUCAACUUGACGCAUAAACUAUUUGAAAGUAUCGGUUUCGAUGACCAUCCUGAUGACGAUUUUAUGACUAUAAAAAUUAGGUCAGACUUCAGUAACAUUGCUUGUUUAUAUAACACACAUCCGAAAUGUCGAGAAAAAGCUACCGCUAAAUUACUUGCAUAUGUGGAAGAUCCAAUUGCAAACAAAAUUUCAUCUGAAGAAUUUAUCUGCUUUGGCUUGAUACAAGCUAAUGAAUCUAUCUGGAAUCAAUUUCUGCAGAGAGGAAAUGAAACAUCAACGAGUCAUCUUACGUUCCUUGGUUGUUCGGAAAAUUUGGACAUCAUCGAAAAGCACUUAAACUUUGUAAAGGAAAGAAAUAAAUAUUAUCAUCUCUUUAAAAAUAUGCUUGACAAUCUGCUAAAUGUAGAUAAGGCGAUUGAUUUCUUCAUAAAACAUUUCGACCAGAUUGUCGCAGACAAAUAUGACCAAUAUAGUCUGGACUACAUUAUUAUGAGGAGUACUGGAGAAGAUCACAUUGAAAAGAUAAAAGCUUUUGCCGAACAACGUGGACUCGACAUAAGCAAGCAUUUAGCCUAUACAACAAAAAAAUUGACAAAAAUGAACGAUAACUUGUCGAAAGUUCGCAGCGUUCUCGAAAACAGCCAAUUCUUAUAAUUCAUAUUACAUUAAAUAAUGAUACAUCACAAGCAAAUAAAAUCGAUGUUUUAUAAAUAAAUGUGCCAAUAUGAAAAUAUUAUAAACAAUAAUAAAGUUAUUGUAUACAUAUAUUAAUUAUAAACCUGAAGUAUUUUGUCCACUCUUAAAAAAGGGAUGUUAAACCGAUACUCAUAAGUAUUGUUGCCUCUUUUCCGCGAUGUUGAUUGGUUAUCUCGACACUGUGCUGUGC